UUAAACAACUCCAUCUCCUCCAUCUCGACUCGUCGAAUCCCGCACGCACGCGCAAACAAGCACAGACAGACUAGUCCCCUGCUCCCCACCACUCCCCUCUCCGUUUCAAAAAUUUCCACUCUAAAACUCUACCCAUUCGAAUCUCCCAGCUCCGGCCCCGCAGAUCCAGCGCGCCGGAGAAAUUCACCGGGAAAACACAUCGCGCGGCGCCGGCGGCGGAGAGAGGAGGGGCAGCAGGUGGGAGCGUAGGACUCAGGCGCCAUGGAGGCGCAGGGGACGGCGACGGUGAAGGAGGCGCUCGCGGCGCUGUACCACCAAACCGACGACGGCAUCCGCACCGCGGCCGACCGGUGGCUGCAGGAGUUCCAGCACACGCUGGACGCCUGGCAGGUAGCUGACAGUUUACUUCACGAUGAAAGCAGUAACUUGGAGACUCUCAUAUUUUGUUCUCAGACCCUUAGAAGCAAGGUGCAAAGGGACUUCGAAGAGUUACCCUCGGAAGCAUUUCGACUAUUACAGGACUCUUUAUACGUAUUGCUGAAAAAGUUUAAUAAGGGACCACCAAAAGUUAGAACACAGAUUUGUAUUGCAAUUGCUGCUCUGGCUGUGCAUGUACCUGUAGAGGACUGGGGAGCUGGUGGAAUUGUGAAUUGGCUAAGCGAUGAAAUGAAAGCUCAACCAGAAUUUAUCCCAGGCUUCCUUGAGCUGCUUAUAGUUUUGCCGCAGGAAACUUCUAGUUAUAAAAUCGCAGCUCGUCCUGAAAGGCGCAGACAAUUUGAGAGCAACCUUUGUUCAUCUGCUAAUGUUGCUCUUAAUUUAUUCACUGCUUGUUUGGUUUUUGAUCAGCUGAAAGGACAGGUUUUGGAGGGUUUUGCUUCUUGGCUUCGCUUCUGUCAUGGAAUCUCUGCAUCUGAACUCGCAUCACAUUGUUUGGUCCAUACAGCACUCUCUUCGUUGAACUCAGAUCAAUUUUUGGAGGCAGCUGUAAAUGUUGCAUCUGAACUGAUAAAUGUUACUGUAUCUCGUGGCUCCGGUGGUUUCGCUGAACAAAUGCCGCUGAUUCAAAUUCUUGUCCCUCGUGUUAUGGGUCUCAAAGAGCAGCUCAAAGACUCAUCUAAGGAUGAAGAAGAUGUAAAAGCUAUUGCUCGUUUAUAUGCAGACAUGGGUGAAUCCUAUGUCGACUUGAUUGCCACAGGCUCAGAUGACUCAAUGCAAAUAGUGAAUGCACUACUCGAAGUUACUUCUCAUCUGGAAUUUGACAUUUCGUCCAUGACGUUUAAUUUCUGGCACCGUCUUAGGCGUAACCUGACCAGGAGGGAAUCUUAUGUUUCAUAUGGAUCUGAGGUGGCAAUUGAAGCUGAGAAAAACAGAAGAUUGCAAAUCUUUCGUCCUCCAUUUGAAAUUCUUGUCUCUCUGGUCAGUUCCCGAGUUGAAUACCCUGAGGACUACCACACCUUUUCAGAGGAAGACCGCAAGGAUUUCAGACAUGCUCGAUGUGCGGUUAGUGAUGUGUUACUUGAUGCAACCGAUGUUCUUGGGGGUGACUCAACACUGAAAGUACUUUCCACGAAGCUAGCUCAGGCAUAUGGAAGCUGCAGUAGUGAGCAGAACCCCAAGUGGCAACCUGUAGAGUCUGCCCUGUUCUGUAUACAAGCGAUUGCGAAAUCAGUCUCAAUUGAAGAGAGAGAAAUUUUACCACAGGUUAUGUCACUGCUUCCCAGCCUUCCUCACCAUGAGCAGUUGCUGCAGACAGUUUGUUCAACCAUUGGAGCAUUUUCAAAAUGGAUUGAUGCUGCGCCAGCUGAACUGUCCAUUCUGCCACCUUUGGUCGGUAUUCUCAAUAAGGGUAUGAGUACAUCAGAAGAUACAGCUGCAGCUGCUUCUAUGGCAUUCAAGUAUGUAUGUGAAGACUGUAGGAGUAAGUUCUCAGGGUCAUUGGAUGCCCUUUUCCAAAUAUACCAUAUUGCAAUCAGUGGAGUUGGUGGUUAUAAAGUUUCUUCAGAGGAUUCGUUGCAUUUGGUUGAAGCCCUAAGUGUGGUUACUACAUCGCUUCCACCAGAGCCUGCUACAAGAGCCCUGGAGUUGAUCUGCCAGCCAGUAAUUAAUCCAUUGCAAGAGUUAAUCCAGCAAGGUGAUCAAGUUCUUCAACAAGUUCCUGCUCGGCAGUUAACCAUGCAUAUAGACCGAUUAUCAUGCAUUUUCAGCAAUGUGAAGCAUCCAGAAGUAGUUGCUGAAGCUGUAAAUAGAUAUUGGCCUACACUCAAAAGUAUCUUUGAUCAACGGGCAUGGGAUACACGUACCAUGGAGUCAUUAUGCCGCUCUUGCAAAUUCGCUGUAAGGACAUGUGGAAGGUUCAUGGGAAUAACGAUCGGUGCAAUGCUUGAAGAAAUCCAAACUCUAUAUCAGCAACACAAUCAGUCUUGCUUCCUUUACUUGUCCAGUGAAAUUAUCAAGAUAUUUGGGUCUGAUCCAUCUUGCGCGAACUAUCUUACAAGUUUGAUACAAAUACUUUUCAGCCAUACAAUACAGCUUCUCCGAACAAUUCAAGAUUUUACAUCUAGACCAGACAUAGCUGAUGACUGCUUCCUGCUAGCAUCAAGAUGUAUUCGUUACUGUCCCAAUCUAUUUGUACAUACAGAAAUGUUUCAAAGAUUGGUUGACUGUGCAAUGGCUGGUAUUACUAUACAGCACAGGGAAGCCUGCAAAUCAAUAUUGUCUUUUCUGUCUGACAUCUUUGAUCUUUCAAACUCAUCUGAAAGGGGAACGUACCGAGAACUUAUUAACACAAUCGUACUUCAGCGUGGUGCAACCCUCACUAGAAUAAUGAUUGCUGCCUUAACAGGGGCGCUGCCAUCUGGUCGUUUGGAGGAGAUCUCUUACGUUCUGCUGUCACUUAGCAGAGCGUUUGGUGAGAUGCUGAAUUGGGCAAGGGAAACCAUUAAUCUUAUACCACCGCAAGCCCUAACAGAUGCAGAGCGAUCACGUUUCUUGCAAAUUAUAUCUGACGCGGCAUUGGGGUCUAGUCUUCAUACCAUAACGGAUAGAUUUGGGGAAAUCUCAGAUGUUUGUAGACGAAACAAAACGGUGCAAGACUUAGUUCAAAGUGCUUUGCGGCCUCAUGACCUGAGCUUCACGGUGGUUCCACAGCAAUAGUCAUAACUGGAUGUUUCCGCAAGGCCAGUUGAAAAGGCCAGAGUCGUGUCGAUGCAUGACUCACAUCAUCUUGGCAUUUUUUUAUUUUAUACAGGUUUGAGUUGCGGUGUCAUACUAUUCAGAUUUGUUCAGAGCAUAGAUAGGUCGGUAGCCAUUGUAAUUCUUUCGGGUUUCACCUUUGUACAUGUGCCAUACAUUGUGUAUGUGGGGAGAAAAGUUGUGUUGUAUUAUCUCGAAAGCAGUGUUAUACUGGUAUAACUGGCAGAUCACGCGGAAUGGUGAUCUACCAUGGGCCUGAUUUUGCUUUUGGCCGGCCAGCUUAUUUUUUUUGUAAAGUGAGGUGACCAUCCAUUUUAUCAUGUAAACUUAUACCGAAUGUUCCAGGAUGUCAUGAAUCAUAUCUCAGUUAUCUUCCCUUA